AUGGCUUCCAUCGCCCAGCAACAGCAACACAUCUCCGGCGAAUUCCCGGGCGAUAACGAAACGUCUCCGGAGACCGACCCCUCCUCGCUCCCGCAGGCCGUCAAAGCGCGAAAGGCCGAAUACACCCACCAGCAGUCGAUCCGAAUCAAGGUUGGCACAUGGAAUGUGGCUGCCAUCCCAGGCACCGAGAACGACAUCGGGAACUGGUUCGUGCAACAGAAAGGGGUAUGCGAACAACUGUCUGGGUUACGGGUGAAGGAUUCGCAGGGAGGAAACAAGACGGACAACUCUUCGGCUGGACACACAGAGUCAUUGUCCGAGACUGCGCCGGACCAGAUUGACCUCUACGUCCUGGGCUUGCAGGAGAUUGUGGAUGUCUCGUCGCCCGCGGAGGCGCUGAGACCGUAUGUCGAUCCAGCGCCGGCGAAUAGAUGGAAGGCAGCGCUUGAGAAGGCCUUGCCACCGGGAUAUAAGCUUAUUGCCGAGACACAGCUGGUGGGAUUGCUGCAGCUGGUCUAUGCUUCCCCCUCCCUGGCCAACCAGGUAUCGUCUGUGAGCUGCACUAGUGUGGGUACGGGGCUUCUAGGAUACAUGGGUAACAAAGGCGCCGUCGCGACUCGCUUGGUCCUCGGCGAAACCACAUGCGUUGUCUUUGUGGACUGCCACCUGGCUGCCGGGUCCGAUAAGAACAGUCUAGAGCGGCGCAAUUGGGACGCUUCCCAGAUCGUUACACGGACUCGCUUCGAACCCAUUGAUCCGAUCGCUACCCUUCGUGAAGACCCUGCCGAGAGUAUCGGGCAAGAGGACUUUGCUUUCUGGUUCGGAGAUCUUAAUUACCGACUGGAAGACAUUCCCGGGGAUGAUGUGCGUCGAGUGCUGGCUCGACAUACGGAGAACGACUACGAUAACCGGCACAAGACACGAAUGAAUGCUGAUGGGCGUACUGAAUCACCGCUCGUAAUAGACAAAGAAGGAGGAGAUCAACAGCGAUCAUCUAGGCGAGGCAGCUCUAGUCCCCCUGUUUCGGACGACGACAUCGAUCCCCAUACAGACCCCGCCUCCUUACAGACCACGAUAUCGUCUCUAUUGCCUCAUGACCAGCUCACGACGCAGCAGAGCAAGCGUAAGGCGUUCCAUGACGGCUGGCGAGAGGGUCCUAUCACCUUCCUGCCUACUUACAAGUAUGAUGUAGGCAGCGUGGGUAGGUUCGAUUCGAGUGAGAAAAAUCGCGGUCCCAGCUGGUGCGAUCGGAUUUUGUUCCGAUCACACAAAGACAAACUGAGGUCUGAGCGACUGGCGAAAGAAGCCGAGGAGGCUAGGAAGCGCGAUGAGGAGAUGAAGGCUAGGGGCCUGGAUAAGGCGGCUGCUGAUGACAACGUCUUGUUCGAUUAUGACCCAGAUGUUGACGGAGCCGACAGUGGGGAUGAAUAUGAUCCCGACAAGGAUUCCAAUGAAGACGACUCUUUCAUUUCUACCGCCGAAGCUGAUGAGUCUCUUCAGUUAGACUACUACUUGUCUCAUCAAGGGAUACUCUCCUCGGACCAUAAGCCUCUCGCGGCUGGAUUUACCUUGACAUUCGAGUCCGUGGACCCGCAAAAAAAGGCCAAGAUCCAUCAGGAAGUGGUUCGAGAACUGGACAAGGUGGAAAACGAGUCUCGACCUGGACUUACUGUGGUGGUCGAUCAUCAUGGUAAUCAGCCCACCAGCGAAGAUCCCAACGCCGUGAAUUUUGGAGACGUGCCUUUCGAUGUUCCCGUCACUCGGUCCUUGACCGUCGCCAAUACCAGCGGUGUAUCCGCCACCUUUUCCUUGGAGAAGCCGGAGCAGAAUGAAACCCACAAGUCGGCUCCUUGGUUGGAGUACCGGGUGCACCAUCCUGAACAAGAAGACUCGAAAAAGAAGCUACCGUCGAACGAAUGCACCCUCCUCCCCGGUGAGAUUGCCAGCAUUGAGGUUACGGCGUUUGUUAGAGACGUAGAGCUAGCCCGAUUAUUGAAUCAGGACCAAUUUAGCCUGGAAGAAGUCCUCGUCCUCCGAGUGACGAACGGGCGGGACCAUUUCAUUUCUGCGUACGGCAAAUGGCUGCCUACCUGCUUUGGCCGCUCGCUCGAAGAGCUCACAAUGAUGCCCGAGGCGGGAGCGCGGAGUCUCAACAACUCCGAACGACGACGGAGUUCGGCCGUGCCUCUAUCGGCACCUCGCGAGCUAUUCAGACUGACUGAGGCUAUUUCGGAAAUGACUGAACGGGCCGUUGCUGAAUGGAGUAUGACAAGAGGCCACUCAGAGGAUGACAUGCCUCCGUGGAUCAAGGAGCCGUAUGGCUAUGGCUGGCCUUUUGAGCCUGAGACAUGGACCUUACGUGACAAGGACGAGCGUCUCUCACUUCUGGCCGCCGCUCGCGAGGCUUUGGACACCAAUAAAGAUUUCAGCAUCGUCUUCGCGCCCGAAGUAUCUUGUCUCCACCGGCUCGAGAUUCUCAGCGAAACGCUACUUGUCUUCCUUCGGUCAUUGAAAGACGGCGUCGUCACCGGCACUGUGUGGCAAAAUCUAGACCAACAGAUCCUCGCUCGCGAGAAAACCCGCGCACCACCUUUAUCGUGGGAAGAAACCCAAGCGUGGGUGCUGGAAAGCCUCGCCUAUUCCCCCGCCCACAGCGUCUCUUUCACUUUCGUAACUUUCAUGCUAGCCCGUAUCGCCAACGAAGUUGCCCCGGCAUCAUCCAUUCCCACCCACGGCCCUCUGAAGAUCUUAACCCCUCCCCUUGAGAACCGGAGUCCAAUAACACAAGAGAAUUCGCCAAAAGACUUAGCAAACCCUCAAGAGCAGCAACAACAAGAGCAAGAGCAACCACCACCCCCAUCAUCCUUUAUAUCCGCCAACGCCUUCCGGCGCCGAACCCGCACAUUCAACUCUUCCGUCUCCGAGCCCCCUUCUGUCAUCUCCCAGAUGGCCAUGCGCCGCCAAGCGGUUGAAACUGCCCUGGCGACGAUUUUCGCCUCGGUGCUGAUCACCACGGAAGGACCCGUGCCCGCGAAGGAAAAAGACCGACGAGCGCUGGAGGAGCGCAAACGGGGCGUUAUUGAGCCAUUCUUGAAGACAAUUGGGGUGGAUAGUAAGGGACCUUCGGGGGGCGUUCCCUAA